AUGGGGCUUUUCAGAGCCCUUGCUUCCCUCUUAGUCCUACACCUGCUGCGGGGCUCAAAUGCUUCCCUGGUGCAGCUGAAUGACAAUGGCUAUGAAGAUGUCAUUAUUGCUAUAGACCCUGCUGUUCCAGAAGAUGGAGAAAUAAUUGAAAAGAUAAAGGACAUGGUGACCGCAGCUUCAACAUACCUGUUUGAAGCCACAGAAAAAAGAUUCUUUUUCAAAAAUGUAUCUAUAUUGAUUCCUGAGACUUGGCUGAGAAAAGAAGAAUACAACAGCCCAAAAUACGAGAGCUACAAACAUGCUGACGUUAUAAUUGCACCACAAGCCCUCCUGGGCAGACACGAACCUUAUACCAAGCAGUUCACAGAGUGUGGAGAAAGAGCAGAAUACAUUCAUUUCACCCCCGACGUUGUUCUGGGCAAAAAACAAAAUGAAUAUGGACCAUCAGGGAGGCUGCUCGUCCACGAGUGGGCCCAUCUCCGCUGGGGAGUGCUCGAUGAAUACAAUGAAGAUCGGCCUUUCUACAUGGGCACUUCACAGAAAAUUGAAGCCACAAGAUGUUCCGCUGGUAUCACUGGGACAAACAGUGUUUAUACCUGUCAAGGAGGUAGCUGUAUAACUAGGAGAUGCAGAAUCGAUCCUACCACAAAGUUGUAUGAAAAAGAUUGUCAGUUCUUCCCUGACAAAGUUCAAACAGACAAGGCUUCGAUAAUGUUCAUGCAAAGCAUUGAUUCUGUUGUUGAAUUCUGCAACGAGAAAAACCAUAACCGAGAAGCUCCAAGUGUGCAAAACCUAAAGUGCAAUUACAGAAGUACGUGGGAGGUGAUCAGAGAGUCUGAGGACUUUAAAUCCACCACACCAAUGGAGACACCACCACCUCUGCCUGCCUUCUCUUUGUUGAGGAUCAGUGAAAGAAUUGUGUGCCUUGUUCUUGAUAAGUCUGGAAGCAUGGGUUUGGAAAAUCGCCUUAAUCGAAUGAAUCAAGCAGCAAAACACUUCCUGCUUCAGACUGUGGAGAAUGGAUCCUGGGUAGGAAUGGUUCAAUUUGAUAGUGUGGCAAACAUUAAGAGUGAGUUAAUACAAAUAAGGAGCAACAGCGAAAGAGACACCCUCAUGGACAGAUUACCUACAACAGCCCUUGGAGGGACUUCUAUCUGCAGUGGGCUUAGAUCUGCAUUUCAGGUGAUUAGAAACACAACCUUCCCAUUAGAUGGGUCUGAAAUAGUGCUGCUGACUGAUGGGGAAGAUAGUACAGCAAGCUCUUGUGUCGACGAAGUGAAAGAAAGUGGGGUCAUCAUUCAUUUCAUCGCUCUGGGACCACAGGCUGAUGAGGCUGUAAAGGAGAUGCAGAACACAACAGGAGGAAAAUAUUUUUAUUCGUCAGAUAACGCUGAGAACAAUGGUCUCAUCGAUGCUUUUGCAGCCCUUACAUCAGAAAACGCAGAUCGCAGCCAGAAGUCCAUUCAGCUUGAAAGUAAGGGAUUAAAACUGAUCAAUGAUGCCUGGAUGAAUGGCACUGUGGUAAUUGAUAGCACCGUGGGAAAGGACACAUUCUUUCUCCUCACCUGGACUGAACAGCCUCCCCAAAUUUCUCUCUGGGCUCCCAAUGGAACACUGAUAGAAGGUUUUACUCAGGACCCUGAUUCCAAAAUGGCCUAUCUCACUAUUCCAGAAAAUGCACAGGUGGGCACUUGGGCGUACAAUCUUCAAGCCAAAACAAACUCAGAAAUACUCACUAUUACAGUAACUUCUCGGGCAGCAAAUCCUUCUGUGCCUCCAAUCACAGUAAAUGCUAAAAUGAAUAAAGACACAAACAGCUUCCCCAGCCCCAUGAUUGUUUAUGCAGAAGUUCAGCAAGGCUAUGCACCUAUUCUUGGAGCCAGUGUGACUGCUGUCAUUGAAUCAGAAAAUGGAAACACCGAAGUUCUGGAACUUUUGGACAAUGGUGCAGGUGCCGAUGCUUUCAAAGAUGAUGGGGUCUACUCCAGAUAUUUUAUAGCUUUUUCAGAAAAUGGCAAAUAUAGCUUAAAAGUAAGAGCCAAUGGAGGAAGAAAUGCUGCUGAAAGAACCUUACCACUGAAUAGAGCCGCAUAUAUACCAGGCUGGGUUGACAAUGGAGAAAUUCAAGGGAACCCACCAAGACCAGAAGCUGAUGAGAACACUCAGGCAUCUGUGGAGAGUUUCAGCAGAACAGCAUCAGGUGGUGCAUUUGUGCUAUCUGGAUUUCAAGCUUCUGCUUCAGAUGACCUAUUCCCACCAAGUCAAAUCACAGAUCUUGAUGCCACAUAUGAAGAUGAGAACAUCACUCUAACGUGGACAGCACCAGGAGCGGACCUUGAUGUCGGAAAAGUUCAACUAUAUAUCAUAAGGAUAAGUGGAAAUUUAACUGACCUAAGAGACAAUUUUGAUGAUGCUCUUCAAGUUAACACUACUGACCUGUUGCCAAAAGAGGCCAACUCCAAGGAAACCUUUACAUUUAAACCUGGAAAUAUCCUGGAAGAAAAUACAACUCACAUAUUCGUUGCCAUUCAAAGUGUAGACAAAAACAAUUUGACAUCAAAGGUGUCCAACAUUGCACAAGUGGCUUUGUUUAAUGGUGAAACUGAAUCUACUCCUACUCCUAAUGAAAAUUAUUCUACUACUACUCCUAAAAGAAAUCAUAGUCCUGGAGUUAAUGUGUUUGCCAUGGUGUUGUCAGUGCUGGGGUCUGUUGUAGUUGUUACUAUUGUUGUACCACUAUUUGUAUCUUAGACAAGAAAAAAAAUC